AUGCAAUCAGCGUUAACUGGGCAAGAUGAGCCAAUAUACUGUUCACAGCAAAUAAAGAUACCUCCGCAACUACCUGACAUGCUCAAGAAAUUCACUAAAGCUGCGAUCAGAACUCAGCCAACGGAUUUAUUACAAUGGUCUUAUGCGUACUUUGAUGCACUAUCGCAAGGUGAGCAACCUCCAAUUAAGGAGAGGUUAGAAUUGCCGCCCCCAGCUGAAAAUAUAUUGAGUAUUGGCUUGCUAAAAAUUCUAAAUAAACAGUUAAGACCGAUUGAUACAAUUAAGAAGUCGCUGUUAUUGGAAAAGUGGAAGAACUUAAAUCUUUCGAGAGAAAAAUUGGCAGAGUUAUGCAACCUUGGAAACUUUCAAAACGAAUUUAAAUGGCUUGAAUUUUUAUGCUUAGCCUGCAGUGAUUUAUCUCCAAAUUUAACUGAAACUAUGAAAAUUGCAUGCUCAAUCUUAACUAAAGAUGAAGAGGGUGGUCCAGAUCGCAUUAUUUUUUCAUUGUUUCUCGAUUUAUACAGAUACUUGGCUUCUUUCGACGAUUCUAUAGACAAUCGAUAUGUCGACAAUGUAAUCCAACAAUUAGAGCCAGAAGUAGAAAAAUCAGACGGACUUAUUGGGCCUCGCCACUUUACUGGCCCAAUUUCGCCCAAGCUAUCUCCUGAAUUCUAA